AUGCCCAGCAGACCAAGGCUGAACUUCGCAAUUAUCCUGAUAGAGGCAGAUGCGGACGCAACGUGCUACCCCCACUAUGCCAACAAGUACUUCGAGUGUCCAACUCGAAGUUCUUCCAUCCUUUGGCUUGCAAUCGUAGAGAUUGUGUUCAUCGUGAUCUAUGUGUCGGAGUGCGUGGCACGAGUCUAUGUGGAACGAGCCCAUUUCCUGUGCAGUUCCUGGAACUUGGUGGACCUCACGACAGUCCUCCUUGGCUGCCUUCAGCUGGCCCUGGCAGAUACAGUGAAUUUGAGCCUGCUCAGGUUGUCAAGGAUAGCUCGCGUUCUGAAAGCAGUGCGGCUUUUUAUUUCCGUGCCGGAGCUGUACAUGCUAAUCGGCGGUCUAUAUUCGUCACUGAAAGCCAUCGUUUUUGGGGCCAUCAUGCUUAUUGUCAUGAUUCUGGUCUGGGCAGUGGUGUCUGUGGAGAUGCUACACCCCAUUGCUUCUGUGAUUGACUUUCCGGGGACGUGCGAACGAUGCUCAAGAGGUUUCGCUGACAUUUUUUCUGCUUCCGUGACCAUUUUCCAGCAGAUAGUUGCUGGAGAUUCUUGGGGCGCGAUCUCCAUCCCGCUUGUCGAGCGUGCUCCUGCAACUGCAAUCCUCCUCUUUGCCAUCAUGUUGACCAUAUCCGUGGGGCUGAUGAACUUGAUCCUCGCGGUGAUUGUCGAAAGGGCAGCAGAGGCGCGGGAGAACGAUCAUGCCAAGAAAGUCCAGCAAAAGGAAGCCGAGCGCAGCAGGAGCAUGGAGGAUCUUGUCCUGCUAUGUGCAGGGAUGGACAUCAAUGCAAAUGGCAUGAUCUCCUAUCAAGAGCUCUUGAAGGGUUAUGACAGGGUGAAUGAUUUCCAGAAGCUGAUGGAUGUGAUGGAUAUCACGCGAGACGACCUAGAGUCCAUCUUCUAUGUCUUGGACGCGGACGCCUCUGGUGAGGUGUCAUACCUGGAGUUUUGCUCGAGCUUGGGAACCUUCUUUAAGCGCGAGCCCAUCAUUAUGCACUCACUCGUGCGCUACUCCGUCAUGGAGAUUCGAAAGAUUCUACGCCAGGAGGUCCUUUCAAUCCUGGACCAUCACACAGAGAUGCUGCAGGAGCAGCGAGCCAUGAUGGAAGUCAACAAGCUGGCGUCUCAGCCGGAGGCAGUCUGGAAGGUUGGCCAAGCAAACGAUCCUACCAGCCACGGGCAAGCGCUGCAAAAUCAUCAUACAGAGGAUUCACUCAGGACCGUCUUCAGCCAGGAGGAGCCUCGUAGUUCCUUAAAUCCGGCGCUGGACUCCGUGCAGCGAAUCGACCACCAGCUUCGUUUGCAUCUCGCCCGAGCAGAGGAGCUCGCCAGAGCUGCGGUGGAUCAGCACAUCUCCACCUCUGCAGGCGCGGGCUGGGCCCAGGAGGUGCCCAAGCCGAAUUUGCGAAGCUGCAGGAGUCAGAGGACCAGAAGUCCUUUCAGGGAUCCGCGAGCUCAUCGACGGUCAGGUGAGUCCAUCGACGACAAGUUUGUCAGAAUUUGCAGAGGUUUCCGAGAACGGAUGCAGGAGGCUGAAACUCUGCAGGAAGACUUCAGGAAAAUAGUGGUAUAUUUCAACUCCUUGCGUGCGAGUUCUACUGAUGGCGAACUAACGGACCUCAUGGAGGCACUUACUUGCACUUAUCUGCAAGGUGAGUUUGGCCUGAGCCGUGUGGAGGUGAUCGACGUUGAGUACGUCAAAGGGGAUGACCUCAAGAAAGCCGUCGCUGCUCUGGGAAAAGUAGACGUGGUUUGGGCCGAGAUGGGCAAUACGUAUGCUUUGCGGCACCAUCUGAGAGACUCAGGCGGCGAUCAGUUGGUCUUCGAUGCCAUGGAUGCUGGUGCGAUUUAUGUGGGCAGCAGCGCAGGCAGCAUUGUUGCCGGCCGCACCGUGCAGAUGGCUUUCUGGAAAGACUGGGACGACAAGACGGCUGAAGGCACGAUCGACGUUGACUGGAAGACCCGCAGCUGUUUCAGUUGGGGUUUUCACGUUUUAUUAAGCCCCAACUUGCGGGCCAUCUGCCCAUCUGGAGUCAUGACCACAAGUGGUGUGUGGUCGCCGAGCAAUGCAGGCUUUGAGAUGAAGCGCAAGACUUCGUUUUCCCUGUUGGACAACUCGGUUCGAAGGCCGAUGCCGGCAGCGAAACCUGGUGGUGAGGAGAAGAUGGCGAAACUCUGGAAGUUGAUGGAGCAUUAUGAGCCGAACGAUCAAGAGUCCAUCAAGAAGUCCUUCGCCCGACAUCUGGAGUAUUCUCUCGCCUGCACGCGAUUCAACUUUAGCAUGCAGGAUGCUUACCGUGCUGCUGGGUUUGCCCUCCGUGAUCGCCUGAUUGAGUCCCUCAAUGACACAGAAGCACAUUACCGGGAGAAGGAUGUCAAAAGGGGCUACUACUUGUCUGCAGAGUACUUGAUCGGGCGGCAUAUGCAAAAUGCCAUUGCCAACCUGGAUCUUGAGCGACCUUUCCAGGAGGCGUUCAUGGAUCUGGGCAUCCAGCUGGAGGAGCUCUUCUCGCAGGAAGCAGAUCCGGCCUUGGGCAACGGUGGCCUGGGCCGUCUCGCCGCGUGCUUCUUGGACUCCAUGGCCACGAUGUCGCUUCCUUGCUGGGGCUACGGCAUCCGCUACAGCUACGGCAUGUUCAAGCAGCAGAUCGAGAACGGGCGCCAGGUGGAGCAGCCAGACUGUUGGAUUGGUGAUGGAUGCCCUUUUGAGAUCCCUCGUCCUGAUGUCACUUACCCAAUCCGCUUCUAUGGCCACGUGGAGGAAGUGGAGGUAAACGGCAAGAAGCUCUCGAGGUGGGUCGGGGGCGAGAUCGUGCAAGCAAUGGCGUAUGACAAUCCCAUCCCUGGCUUCGACACCUUCAACACGAACAACCUUCGACUGUGGCGUGCUUGCCCGUCCAAGGAGUUCGACCUGGAUGCCUACAACAGUGCCCAGUUUUCCAACGCAAUCGACCAAAGGAGGAGGGCAGAGGAUUUAUCUGCUGUUCUUUACCCCAACGAUGCCACCUACGAGGGAAAGGAGCUUCGGCUGCGCCAGCAGUACUUCUUCGUGAGCGCUUCACUCCAGGUCAUGGCUUGCAAGUCCCUGAACCGAGCUGUUCCAAGUCGACGUUUUGCAGAUUCCUUCCCGAUGCAGGACGUGCUCCGGGACUUUAUCAAGCGGCCGAGCUACCAGUGGUCUCAGCUGCCCGACAAGGUAGCCGUACAGAUGAACGACACCCAUCCAACCAUCGCUGUGGCAGAGAUGAUGCGCUUGCUGGUCGACGUGCAGCAGAUGGAUUGGUACGAAGCCUGGGACCUCACCAGGAAGUGCCUGAAUUACACGAACCACACAGUCAUGCCCGAGGCUCUAGAAAAGUGGCCGGUGGAGAUGAUGGAGAGGAUUCUUCCCCGACAUGUGCAAAUCAUCGGAGAGAUUAACUGGGUCUGGAUCCGCCAGCUGAUAGAGAGGUACGGCGAUGGACCCAUCAUUCAGGCGCUCAGCAUAUUCGAG